UUAUGGGUUGAAGUUGGAGAGUCGGAACCUCCACGCACACGCACCCUCUCACGCCAACGCGUUUUGGAAAAGUCUAGCUUCUUCGAUCGUAAACAACGAACGGUACAAAACACCGUCUCAUAGACAACUGACUAAUCCAAUAAUCCAUCAAUGGCUUCCAUCUACAGCUGCAAGGAGUGCGGGACCAACCUCAACCUUCGCACAGUGCAUCUCUUCCCACCGGACUUCUACUUCGAGGCCGGCAACAAGGGUACGCUUUCCUUCUCGUGUGUCGACGACUCCAAAUUCCGGUUCGAAAAGGAGGACAAGAUCAGACCCUUCUUCGAGACCGUCAAUUACUGGGGGAUCCAGAGGAAGAGGACCAAGAUCAAAUGCAAUAACUGCGGCCGUCUUGUCGGCUACGUCUACGACGACGGUCCUCCUCUCACAGACAGCCCCGGUCAAUUCCACAUGGGUCCUAGCCAAGUCAUACCCAGAGCUGCCAGGUAUAGGUUCAAGAUCAAGGCGCUUCAGAUCACAACGGAAACCUGAGAGUUCGUUUCUGGGUGGUGUUUAUACCUCAUGGGGUUUUGGGUUGAUUUGAGCUUUCCAAGCCUAGGUUUUGUUUUGGUACAAUUUACAGAUUGAAUUCUUAAUAUACUUGUAAAAAAUAUCAGUACAUAUUUUCCAAUAGAUGUGUUUCACUAGAUGUUUAAGAAACAAUCAAAUAAAAGUUUCUCUUUUCCUUUUUCCAGAAAAAUCAACGGAUGUAGUUAUGAUA